AUGGACCUUCUGAAAGAUCCUGUCAAUGAUCGAUAAGUGAAAACUUUGAAGCCUCCACCUCAUCGUCCGUUGUCGCGGAAUCUAAUGUUUCCAGAUAAAUUGAAAAACAAACCUGAUUGGAAAUUGAUAAGAGAUCAUUUACAAAAGGAAGGCAGAAUCGCUAAAGAGGAUCUUUUUAAAUUGGUUGCCGAUUGUAAUAAAUUGUUGAAAAACGAAGGCAAUGUGCUAUAUUUAUAAGAUCCACUAACUGUUGUAGGUGAUAUUCACGGUUAAUAUUAUGACUUAUUGAAAUUGUUGGAGCCUAAAGUGGGAGGAAAUCCUGAAAACACAAAAUAUCUCUUUUUGGGAGAUUUUGUGGAUAGAGGAUCAUACUCAAUAGAAGUAAUAGUAUUGAUGUAUGCAAUAAAAUUGAAUUUCCAAAAUUCAGUAUUUUUCUUAAGAGGAAAUCAUGAGUGCAGAUAAUUGACGGCAUUCUUCAAUUUCAAAGAAGAAUGUUUAUACAAAUAUGAUUAAGAGACUUACGAGAUGUUGAUGGAUUCAUUCGACUUGUUCCCUUUGGCAUGCAUAAUAAACUCUAAAUUCAUAGCAAUUCAUGGUGGAAUCUCACCUGAUUUGAAAUCAAUAGAUGAUAUCAAGAAGAUAGAAAGAUACCAUGAACCUCCUAGACAAGGACUGUUUUGUGAUUUGCUAUGGAGUGAUCCAGUCGAUCAAGAAUAGGGUUAUUUGGAUACUGCAUGGAAAUCGAAUGAAGUAAGAGGAUGCAGUUGGUUUUUUGGAGGGGAUUCAGCAAAUAAGUUUCUAUAAAGGAAUAAUUUAAUUUCUAUUAUCAGAGCUCAUGAAGCAUAAUUGGAUGGAUAUAAGAUGCAUAGAUGGAAUGGUGGUUAAGACUUUCCAGUUGUCAUAACUAUUUUCAGUGCACCGAAUUACUGCGAUGUCUACAACAAUAGAGGAGCAGUCAUCAAAUUUGAAAAUAACACUUUGAAUAUACAGUAAUAUCAAUACACCCCUCAUCCCUAUUUAUUGCCUAAUUUUAUGGAUAUAUUUACAUGGUCAAUUCCAUUUGUGUCUGAAAAAAUAACUGAAAUGUUAUAUCAUAUCUUAUAAACAGAUAUUUAAGGAGACGAUGAUGAGUAAAUCAGUGAAUAAGAUAUAUAGUAAUUUAAAUAGUUGACCAAAUAAGCUGGCUUACAAAAAUAAUCGACCACAGGUAGUUCACAAGGAGCAUAAAAAAACACUGAGAAAUUGAAGAAUAAAAUCAAAUUCGUAUCUACAAUGAUGAAGAUGUAAAGAACUCUUAGAGAAGAGAGAGAAAGCAUAAUCUAAUUGAAAGGUGCUUGUCCAGAUAAAAGAUUGCCAAGAGGAAUUCUGAUGAAGGGAAAAGAUGCCAUCAAUGAUUAGCUUGCUGAUUUUACUACUGCAAAAAGUGUAGAUCUAAUUAAUGAAAAAAUGCCUUAUGCUCAAAUACCACAAGAAUCCAUUCAAAUAAAAAAACCAUCAACCUAGAGGAAAAAAUGAUUUCUAUAUUUUUAUGUAUAUUUAUUCAGCUGUGAUAAUAGCAUAUAUAUUUUGAGAAA